AUGGUGACAAUUGGAAAUGCUCAUGAAGAUUUGAUCCAUGAUGCAGUCUUGGAUUAUUAUGGAAAGAGAUUGGCCACUUGUUCUUCUGAUAAAACUAUUAAAAUAUUUGAUCUUGAAGGUACUGACAAUUAUAAAUUAACAACUACAUUGACAGGACAUGAAGGUCCAAUUUGGCAAGUUUCUUGGGCACAUCCUAAAUUUGGAUCUAUAUUGGCAUCAUGUUCAUAUGAUGGUAAAGCAUUGAUUUGGAAAGAACAACCAGAAACUCAACAAUGGUCUAUAAUUGCCGAACAUACUGUUCAUCAAGCAAGUGUCAAUUCUGUUUCUUGGGCUCCUCAUGAAUUAGGAGCUGUUUUAUUAUGUACUUCUUCAGAUGGUAAAGUUUCAGUAGUGGAUUUCAAUGAUGAUGGUACUACUUCACAUGUUGUAUUUGAUGCACAUGCCAUAGGAGCAAACUCGGCCACUUGGGCUCCAAUAUCUACUUCUUCUAAAGAUCCAGCCACUUUGAAACAACAACGUAGAAUCGUUAGUUGUGGGUCUGAUAAUUUGGCCAAAAUUUGGAAGUAUGAUCCUGUAAACAAUACUUAUAUUGAAGAAGCUAAAUUAGAAGGUCAUACAGAUUGGGUUAGAGAUGUUGCUUGGUCUCCUUCAAAUUUGGUUAGAUCUUAUAUUGCCACUGCUUCUCAAGACCGUACUGUUUUGAUCUGGACUCAAGAUAGAGAUGGUAAAUGGCAAAAACAAUUAUUGACUGAUGAAAAAUUCCCAGAUGUUUGUUGGAGAUGUUCUUGGUCAUUAUCAGGAAACAUUUUGGCUGUUUCUGGUGGUGACAACAAAGUAAGUUUAUGGAAAGAAAACUUACAAGGAAAAUGGGAAUCUGCAGGUGAAGUUGACCAAUAA